AUGGACGGCUCAACCACCACUUUGCCGGCUCAGGCUACAACCGUGCCCAAAUCCCCCGCCUCGUCGCUGACGACCAACGUUGCCACCACCCGCCCCGCUAAGGCCAAACAAUCAGAACUCGACACCAAGGUGACCAGAGCACCCUACUCAUGGAAACAGCUGUCGCUCGACUGGAUCCGCCACCACCCAUGGUGGGGCCGCGCCCUGAACGAGAAGUGCGAACACGACUUGCUUGCCUACCUGCUCCCGUUCUACCCCGAGCCCGACGCCACCCGGCGGGCCCUGAUUAUCGAUACCGAUAUUGGUGAUGGCAACCAUAUCCACGAGUUGUUCAUUGAAAAUACCGAAACCCCUACCAAGGAUCGACCAGCACCGCCAGUGAAGGAUGUAGUUUUAAUUCAUGGCUACGCGGCUCUGUUGGGACUCUUUUUGGAUAACUUUGAUGAGCUUUCGUCGGUGCCCGGUAUCCGGAUCCACGCCAUUGAUUUGCUCGGGUUCGGGUUCAGUCUGCGGCCUAAGUUCCCCUCGUUGCCUCUGGACACUCCCGAAGAAGUGAAUAAGGUUGAGGACUGGUUUAUCGAUGCCCUCGAGACGUGGCGUCAGCGCCGGGGUCUCGAACGGUUUACUCUUGUGGGCCACUCGUUUGGCGGCUAUUUGCUGAGUUGCUACGCUCUCAAAUAUAACAAGCCGCAGGAGUCGUCGGGAGAGUCGUUGCUCAAUAAGCUUGUGCUUAUAUCUCCCGUAGGUGUGGAACGGCUGGAGGCGCUGAUGAUCCCCAAGGACGAAGAGGACACCGACAUCAACGGCACCUUUGCGGAGGAUUGGCUGAAACUAAACACUCGCAAGGUUCGAAUGAUCAAAUACAUGUGGGGCAAAAACUGGUCGCCGUUCCUGGUGAUCCGCAACGGGCUGGUGGCGCUGUCGCGGCUUGUCAGUGGGUGGACGCUGUGGCGGUUCGCUCAUUAUUACCGAGAUGACCCCAAAAAAUUCAACUUGAUGCACAACUACAUCUACCGGGUGUUCACUGCUCCGGGACUGGGCGAGUACGGUCUCACGCGAGCGUUGGCCUUUGGUGCUCUUGCUAAGCUUCCGUUAAUCGACCGGAUGCCGCGAGCAUUUGUCAAACAAAACCUCCCCACAAUGUGGCUUUACGGUGACCGUGACUGGAUGAAUGAAAAAGCCGGUGAAGCUGCCGUUAAACGAAUUAACCAGUUGGCAGGCAAGUCUAACAUGGCCGAAUACGUGCUUGUUCCAUCUGCCGGACACCACGUGUACUUGGAUAAUCCUAAGGCGUUUGACCUGAAAGUGUUGGAUUUCAUCAUGGAAUAA